AUGAAGUUCUUCAGGCGUAAUAAAGACAAGCGGAAGGCCAGCGGCGGUGGCUCGGCCAUAGCAGCCGCCCUGCCGGGCUUUGGUUACAGCCCCAACAGGCCAGCCUUGGGCGCUGGCCUCGACGACGGCUCUCGAAACCCAUAUCCCUCCUACGGUCACGGCCGGAACGAUUCGAACGGACCAUGGGCUUCUCAGUACCGCUCCAUGGCGACGCGGGCGUCUGCCAUGACUCUAGCGAACCUCCCCGCCCCGAUCCUCGAACGCAUAUUCACAUUUGUAUGCCCCCAUAGCAGGGACACGAGCUACGAGACUUGUGAAGCCAGCUCGAUCGAAGAUGCUUGCAUGCUGUGCGACUUGCGCGAUCUGGCGCAUUGUCUCGCCGUGUGCAAGAGGUGGAGGAAGGGGGGCGCCAACAUUCUAUACUAUAGCAUCCGCAUCGACCAGGUCCAUUACUGCGACCGCGAGGCAGAGUUAGCCGAAUUACGCAAGCGCAAAACCCGAUUUGAUCGCAAUGGAGAGCCGGAGGAUACGGCACAGGCGCGCCUCAAACUGCUCUGUCGCACUCUCCGCGAGGAUCCCGUACGGCUAGGAAGGAUUGUGGAAUACUUCAAGACGCCUUAUAUGCUCCGCGAAUCCUGCCAGGCCGAUCUGGCGCGGACGAUAGCCGUGACGCCCAACCUCAAAUACGUCGACCUUCCUGAAGGCCUAUUCUCGGAUGAACCGUCGUUUAUGACACUUCGGCUCGAGGUACAGGCUAGAUGUCUUCACCUACGAAAGAUGACAUAUAUGAACGGUGCGGAGCACAGUCUGCAGAUGCUGGCCACUGGAAAAGUAUGGCCUAACCUGGAGGUCUUGGAGCUGGUACGCAUAGAAGUUGACCCGGCAAUGCUACGCCAAGUGCUUGGUUGCUUGGGUAACUUGCGCGCCCUGAAGAUUACCGACACGACCUGCAUCACCGACGAGACUUUGGCCUGGAACGACAUGCUGCCCCCGUUUCCCCCUCUUGAGGAGCUUAUCCUCACCAAUGUUCCCAAUGUCACCACAGAAGGCUUGAGGGGCUGGUUAGUAGACCCGAACGCGCAAAGCAACCUACGAGUGAUUACCUUGAACGGUACAGGCGUAUUCCCUUGGGCAUUACAGGAGUUCUUGCCUUAUGCUCCAAAGCUCAAGCACCUUUCCGUGAUCGACACUGUCGCCCAAGCCGUGCCGGCCGCCCAAGGUCAAUACUUUGCACAGACUCUUGCCUCAACAAGUAUCCACACUCUACACUACGAGAUUACCGCACACUCGUCGGUUCCCAAGUACUCCGGUAUUACGGCGAGCUAUUACAGCUUUCUGGCUGCCUCCUUGCUGACGGGCGGACUACCAAACUUACAAGCACUCUAUGUGCGAGACCCGAACUUCCCUGACCUCUUACUCGGCCUCCCUCCACCUUCCCCCGGCUUUGCCGGAGCCGGCAUGCAACGCCCUUCUAGCAGUGGCUCAAACCGCAACUUCUCACCUCACAGGGGCAUGGGUAGCAUGUCUGCCUCUCCCGGCAGUGGCUUCCAUCAACACCAAGGCAGUCUAUCAAGCUUUGCUCCUCCCAGCGCGCCCUUUGUGCCCGGCCAUCGUCAAUUUGGCUCCGUAUCGUCCGUCAACAGCUUCUCGGGCUUCCUAGGACCGGGAGGAGGCAAACAACCGCCUACCAACCAUCGCUUUAGCAGCAAUAACCCCUUCGCCAACUUGGCAGCCCCCGCAGGACCAGGCAGCUUUGCCAACCUCCCUGCCAAGCUCGAGGUGUUCACCAAAGGCGACGACGAUACCACCUGGUCCUUUGCAAAGGUCGGCGGUGGUGCUGGACCGGUAAUGUCCUCUGGUGGUCGCGGCGGCGGAUACUCUGGCACAGGUGAGAGACCGCAGAGCGGCUAUGGGCUGGGCGCAGAUCUCAUGGGCGGGAACGCGGCUGCCUGGGGCAGCGGUGGUGGUGCGCGAAGAAGCGUGUUGAUCGGUGGUGCGGGUGCUGGCGGUGGCUUUUUGGCCUUGCCGGCUGAAGAUCCUGCCAGAAAUAGAGGAGGCAGUGUGGAUAGGGGUACUGGUGGGUUUGGUGGUGGUGGUGGUGGUGGCGGCGGUGGGGAUGAGGAGUUGUGGCCUAGGCCGAAGAGCAGUGCUGGGGUGAAGAAGAAUGAGAAGCUGGAUUUAUGGCGGUAG